CCGCGCAGCGCCAUGGACGAUCUGCGGGUGCUGUGGAUGCGCGACCGCGUGUACACGGCCUUCGGCCUCACCGACCCCCAGCUCUUCGAGGAGCUGCUGAACCGCGACGACGGCGAUGUCGAGGACCUCAUCCUGCACUUCCUCAACCAGGCGAGCGACGAGGAGGGCGCCUCCACGCUCUUCUUCUACCGCACCUUGGUGCCCGAGGAGGUGGAAGUGGAGCUCGACAGCGAGAUGCCCGCCACAUCAGAAGAGGAGGAGGAGGAGGAAGAGAGCGCGUCCACCGACCGAGGGCCAGCUAAACUUUCGCACAUCAGCGGCGAGUCCUUGUUUUCUCCGGUACUCGGCACCGAGGAUGAAGAUCUAGAAAAUCUCUUCACCAAAAGGAUCGUGAAGCGCAUCGUGGAAAAAACCUACCUCCAGGUGCUCUGCACCCCGGUCCCCGAGGAGUCUCUGAACCAGACUGUGGUGUUUUUUCUCAGAAACACACAAGAGCCCAUCCCCGAGGCCAGCGACAUGAAGGAGGCCAUGGAAAUCAUGCCCGAGACGCUGGAGUACGGAGUCCUCAACGCCAACGUGCUGCACUUCCUGAGGGGCAUCGUGUGCCAGGUUUUUCUGCCAGCGUUGUCCUUCAACCAGCACAAGACGGACAUGACGCUGGGAGCCCCGCCCCUGUCGCCGGCUGACUCCUUCAUGCGCGAGGUCGACCUGCCGGGGGAGACCCUGGAGUACCACAGCGUCCAGCUCAUACGGGACGAGUUCCUAAUGAACAUCCAGAAAUUCGCAAACAGCAUCCAGAGGACGAUGCAGCAGCUGGAAGGUGAGAUCAAGUUGGAAAUGCCAAGCAUCAGUGUGGAGGGUGAGGUGUCCUACCUGGCGGCUGAUCCGGACACCGUGGAGAUCUUGGAGCAGUGCGUGAUAAACUGGUUGAAUCAGAUAUCUGCGGCUGUCGAGGGCCAGCUGAAGAAGACGCCCCAGGGUAACGGCCCUCUGGCCGAAAUUGAGUUCUGGCGGGAAAGAAACGCAACCUUAAGCGCCCUCUACGAGCAGACGAAGCUCCCGACGGUCAGGAAGGUCCUGGACGUGAUCAGGGAGUCGGACUCACUGCUGGUGGCCAACCUGCAGCCCGUCCUGGCCGAGCUGCUCAAGUUCCACACGGAGGCCUCGGACAACGUGCGGUUCCUGUCCACCGUGGAGCGCCACUUCAAGAACAUCACGCACGGGGCCAGCUUCCAGGUGGUCCUGGACACCAUCCCGUCCAUGAUGAGCGCCCUGCGGAUGGUGUGGAUCAUCUCCCGGCACUUCAACAAGGACGAGAGGAUGAUCCCGCUCAUGGAGCGCGUGGCCUGGGAGAUCGCCGACCGCGUCUGCCGCGUGGUCAACCUGCGCACCCUCUUCAAGGAAAACAGGACGAGCGCCCAGCACAAGACCCUGGAGGCCAAGAACACCCUCAAGAUGUGGAAGAAGGCCUAUUUCGACACCCGGGCCAAGAUCGAGGCCUCGGGCCGGGAGGCGCGGUGGGAGUUUGACCGGAAGCGUCUGUUUGAGAGGACGGACUACAUGGCCUCCAUCUGCCAGGACCUCUAUGACGUCCUGCAGGUUAUGGAGGAAUUCCACAACAUAUUUGGUCCAGAACUGAAGGCUGUGACGGGGGACCCCAAGCGCAUUGAUGACGUGCUGUGCAGAGUGGACGGCCUGGUCACCCCCAUGGAGAACCUCACCUUCGAUCCCUUCAGCGUCAAGUCCUCCCAGUACUGGAAAUACGUGAUGGACGACUUCAAGAUCGAAGUUCUGGUUAUUGAGAAAGAAGCAAAAAAUUUCAUCGAUGAAUCUUUUAAGACACUCCGAUCCGCCGAAGCGGCCUUUGACAUGCUCUUGAAAUUCAAGCACAUUCGCUCCCGGGAGGCUGUCAAUCGGCAGAUGAUGAUGAAGUUCAAUGACAUCCUCGCGCAGUAUUGUAAAGAGAUCGACAUCGUGAACAAGAUCUUCGUGCAGAACCUGGAGAACCCUCCCCUGCACAAGAACCACCCUCCGGUGGCGGGCUCCAUCUACUGGGAGCGGUCUCUGUUCCACCGCAUCAAGCACACCAUCCUCAGGUUCCAGGAAGUGCGGGAGAUGCUGGACAGCGAGCGGGGACAGGAG